UACUUUGGCUGCAAGGGACCGAAGAAACAUAGUAAAUCCAAAAAUGAGAUUAACGCUUCAGCUUUGCUGCGGAAUACUGCUGCUGUGUGUAGUAUCUGGCCAGCAGUACAAGCAGCAAUCGGCUUCGACUUCAUCCUCCGCGACGUCUGCUGUCAGCUCCUCCGAUACGGUCCCUGCCGCUGCUAACAAUGUUGCGUAUCGUGCACGCGCCUACUCGAACCAGUACAGCAGCAGUUCCUCCGAAGAGGAAGAGGAUGAUCGACCGGUGUCGUCGUACAACAGUGGCCGGCAGCAGCAGCAGGGUAAUACACUGAAGAAAAGCUUCAAGAAACCCUCCUACUCGAGCGAAGAGUUGGAACAGGAAGAGGAACCGGACCGGCUGACGUUGCUACUGGAAAAGUCGCAGUUCCAGUGUACGGGCCGCACGACCGGCUACUACGCUGACGAGAGUCUCGGCUGUGAAGUGUUCCACUACUGUCAGGAGAACCAGAAACAUUCGUGGAUUUGCCCGGAGGGUUUCACUUUCCACCAGGUGCAUCUGAUCUGUAUGCCACCCUCGGGCGACAACAUUUGUGAACAGUCGUCCAAGUAUCACUUCGUCAACGAUUAUCUCUACAAGCCGAUUAACAUGGAGGAGCACAUGACUAAACCUAACGUUACACUAAGGUAUUCGGAGCGUUACUAUCCGGAGAACUUUUACGUUGACGAGCGUCACUAUGACGAAGAACGCGUCCUGCGCCAGCACGAGGAACGCCAUCAGCCACAGCAGCCAAUCAAGCAAACUUAUCACCACCAACCACAGCAGCAGACGAUCCGUAAGCAACCUGUCUAUGCCACGACACCGUCCUCCUACCGGUUGCCGUCCUCUCCUCAGCCCACCCACAGUGUAUACCGUUCUCCGGACGAGAUUAACAUCUCCCUGCAGCAGCGACGACCGGCUGCACAGCCCGGAUCCUACAUCCAGUCGACCACACCACGCUACGAGGACGAACCAGAAUACGACAGCUACGAACGGAAGUAAAAUCAACCUUUCCCGGAGCUCACGAGAGUCAACAAGAGGAACCACCACUUCUAGUGGCCAGUUGAACGUCACUGCCAUGAAUUUGCCCUCAUUCAGAAACAGAAUGAAAGGUGAUCCGGUGAGAUCGUGCACGUUUAGCGGGUUAGUUGUAAGACUACAUUUUUCGUUUUAAACCAACUUUUAUCGUUUUAUCUUAAGUGUCACAGUCAAAGAGGAAUCGCGCGCAUUCGAGAAGAACAGAGAUAACGUAAGGCAAGUUUUCAAUGUCGAAUUUUCAGCUGCUUUCUCUGUUCCGUCGUCUACCAUCGUUAGUAAGAG